GAUCUUCAAGGGGAGAGAGAUUCAGAGAGAGAGGAACCGUAAGACCGGUGACUGCAAGCCAGAACCCGAUUCUCUUUCUGCAAACCCGCUGAACAAAGCGAAGGGUGUUCAUGCUUUUGAGACUGCACAGAAACAGAACAGCUUGGUGGAGGUAUGACUUUAACCAGGGGCUCCUUCACUUAUUCCAGUGGAGAAGAAUAUACCGGAGAAUGGAAGGAAGGUCGGAGGCACGGUAAAGGUGAGCUGAAGUUUGCUGAUGGCACCUGUUAUAAAGGUCACUUUGAGAAUGGCCUGUUCCACGGAUCAGGGGUGUUAGUCUUUCCCGAUGGAUCCAGGUACGAAGGUGAAUUUGCCCAGGGAAAAUUCCAAGGUGUCGGAAUCUUCAGCAGGUUUGACGGGAUGAAAUUUGAAGGCGAAUUUAAAAGUGGCCGUGUAGAAGGACAUGGGCUGCUGACUUUCCCAGAUGGUUCCCAUGGUGCUCCACGGAAUGAAGGCGUGUUUGAGAACAACAAGCUUCUGAAACGUGAAAAGUGUCAGGCUGUGGUGCAGAGAGCCAAGAACUCAGCAUCCACUGCCCGCGGCCUCUCUGUAUGACAAACUGACCUCAGUGAGAGCACCCCUAACUCAGGCCCCCCCGAGCAUUUUAAGGAUUGUACAGUCACAAGUAAAGCGAGCAAAGCCGAUUGCGGAUCUGCGUUCAGGGGUGAUCUCUGCCUUCACCACACCACGGAGCUCCAAAAUAUGUGAGACUCAUCAGACCCUCAGGGAUGGAUGAAAGCUUUUCCAUUCCCCACGUCUCUAUUUCACUCAUAUUGUUGCUCUGCCUUGGUUUCCUCUGUGGCUUAAAACAUCACAAAAUUAUGGACGUUUGUUAUGGAGGCAUGGAUGAACUCUAGUCACUUCCUAGGCACUGCAGGUACAGAAGUGUGGUCAGAUGAAGGUGUUUUUGGUAAAUGAACUCAAUUUGCCUUCGUGAGUCUGCGAUUGUAUCACUUACAGUAUGUUUGACUUUACCUUUACUAUUGUAGCUGUUUGUGUUACAAAUCAACAUUUUCUUCAUUGCACAUUUGCCUUAGUUAUUGCAUUAAAUGUCAGUAUUGAUGGAUUCAAAUCUUUCUUGUUACCGAUGUGCAACAGCGGUGAGGAAAAAUUUUCAGCAACUUGUCUUAUUUUAUUAUUUAUUUGUUAAUUUGAUUAAUUUAAAAUGAGAACAUAUGAUUUACUAACACAUUAGGAUAUUGUGAAAUAAUGGUUUUAGUUAUACUGCUCAUGUACAUUACAGAAAACUUUUUGAAUUAUUAUUUAAAAUGUAUUGGGUCACUGGGCAGAUAUACAUUCACUUCAAAUGUUUGAUGACUGAUUUAUGUGUGUUUACUAUGUUUUCCGAACUGACUGCUAAUAGUUCACUGUUCUCAUCAUCUGCAGUGUCAGACAGAAGCCUUAGUCACCAUCAUCUAAAAUAUACUGACACCAAAAAUAAUUUUGCACUGUUAUUUAUUUGAACAGAGAAUCAAAAGACUGACAUGAAAAAUAAAGUGAAAUAAAAGUCAGAAAACACCACCUGA